AUGGACAGAGUAAAUAAGUGCAGUGUAUGUGACAAGGUCUUCACGGAAAAGUCCAACCUUACACGCCACAUGAAAAUCCAUGCACCAAAGGAGAACCAGUGUGAUGUUUGUGGAAAAAGCUUCACAACCAAACCCCAGCUGAACAACCACAUCAAGCUGCAUCAGUAUCCAAGCAUCCCUCUGUACAGGCAGGGAGAGGCCAGGCUGCAGUGUACUGAUGCAGCCAGGGCUGUCACAGAGGCUCCGAGGAAAGUUGUAGACCCUACCUGGCUGGAUCCCGUGAAGGCGGAGGCUGCUGCAAAGACACUUGGUGGGGAAAUGUGGAAAGGGCAGUUAGUUCUGACCUGGGGGAAGUAUGCUGGACAGUCCUUUAGAUGGCUCCUGGAAAACGAUGUUGGCUGGGUCGUGUGGCUGCUUGCCGAGUACUGCAAGAAAGGUGAAAAAGCUGAGCUUCUACAGUGGCAAAAGGAGCGAAUGUUGGAGUAUGCGAGACAAUUCCCCUCUGUAACAUGUCAUCUUGAGAAGCGGUUGGGGGUAAGAUGA